GGAACAUAGGCGUGUGAAAGAGAACAACAACACGAGUGGCAGACCAAAAUAAAUAAAAGGCAAAUCAAGGAGCACAAAUAAAUAUUUGAUGCUUAAAACGCUAAAAAAUAAAAAAUAUACAAUAUGAGCAACAGCGAAGACUCUCAGCAGUAUCUAAACGAUAUACUAGUCAAAGACGAGGACGAGGCGUCGGGUGAUGAAUCGGACAGACAGGAUGGACAUGGCAGCAUGUUGCGGGAACAGGACCGAUUUCUGCCCAUCUGUAACAUCAUAAAAAUCAUGAAAGUGCCGGUGCCACAGAACGGUAAGAUUGCCAAAGAUGCCAGAGAAUGCAUACAGGAGUGUGUGUCCGAGUUUAUAUCCUUCAUCAGCAGCGAGGCAAUAGAGCGUAGCGUGGCUGAGAACCGCAAAACGGUUAACGGGGAUGAUUUGCUGGUAGCCUUCAGCAACUUGGGGUUCGACAACUAUGUGGAACCGCUUUCCAUAUACUUGCAAAAAUACCGCGAGUCAAAUAAAUCGGAUCGCAAUUUAUUUCUGGAGAACAGCUACACAAGUGAGGACAUUUCCGACAAGCAGUAGCAGAAUAUGAUGGGGUAAUUUAGUAAUUUAAAUGGGAAGGUUU